AUUGAGAUCUUAUAAAAAAAUUAAUUUGUUAAAAUGCAAUACGAAAGGAUUAUUUGUUGUUGUGGGGCAUCAACGUGGACAAAAGUUAUGGCAUGGUUUCAAAUUGUGGGAAAUUUCAUUCUAAUUAUUGUAUUUGCACUCGGUAUUGCUGGCCUGAUAACGUCUGUUAAACCAGAAUAUGUUGAUAUUCCUGCCGCAUGGAAGAAUUUAGCGAUUGUCGUGGUAGCAACUGAAAUGGUGGUAGCCAUCGUUGGAUUUAUAAUGGGCAUUAUUCUACUAAUUGGUACAAAACAAAAACGACUCGGUUUCCUACGAGCGUGCCUCAUCUACGCUGGCGCUGCAAUUCUGAUUUUAGUUGCUGCCCUGUUUAUAAGUGCUGCAAGCUCAUUCUACGAUUACUCGGUAGGUUACUCAAAUAGUUUAAAGGUUGUAGGUAACCUUGUGGGAAUUUUCGCAAUGGCAUUCUGUUUUGUCGUUAUCCACAUUCACAUCAGAGAAAUUCGUGGUGGCGUGUUUAUGGAAUGAAAUAUGACAAAUUCAUCAUUUCCUUCUUCAUGACAAAUUCAUGAAACCAAUAAAUUGGAUGAUUUUUAUCAAAAUCAAA